AUGUCUGAAGAAGUUACUUAUGCAAAUCUAAAAUUCCAGGACUCCAGUCAGACAGAAAAUAUUCAGAAGUUUGACAAAUCUGAGAAAGAAGAACCGCCUGUUCCUUCCCACGUAUGGCGUCAAAGAGCCUUUGCUGUGACUCUUCUGUGCCUUCUGCUGCUGAUUGGCCUGGGAGUCUUAAGCAGCAUGUGCAUGGAAAAAUUGAAUAAGCUACAAAAUGUCAAAGAAGAACUUCAAAGAAAUAUGUCUCUACAACUCAUGCAGAACACAAAUAGUUCCCAGAAAAUCAGGAACCUUUCUAUCAAACUUGAAGAAAUAGCCACCAAAUUAUGUCGUGAGUUAUAUAUAAAACACAAAGAACACAAAUGUAAACCUUGUCCAGAGGAGUGGUUGUGGCAUGACGACAGCUGCUACCUACUACAAAAUGUGGCGAGAACGUGGCAGAAGAGUGAUGAGAUUUGUUCUGACUACAAUGCCAGCCUGUUGAUGAUUAAAAGCAAAAGUGUGGUGGAAUUUAUAAAAUCUCUGAGGUUAUAUAACCAUUGGUUGGGAUUAUCUCCCAGGAAAGAUAACACAAAAUAUGGGAACUUGGAUACAAUUAUCCCCCUCGACUGGUUUACAAGAAAUACAAGUGUCAUAAAUGAUAAGAUGUAUUGUGGAAUCAUACAGUAUGGAUACUUUUCUUAUACUAAGUGCACUGAUAUUAAAAAUAUUGUAUGUGAGAAGCUUGCCCAAACAGUGAAGAUUGAUAGUAUGCUAAUGAGUGCAGUACUGGAUGGAAAUAAGUAG